AUGGCCUUUGGUGUAAACCCUUCAUCAUCACAAGAGGAUUUCAAAAAGAAGCAGGAGGAGGAGCAGGAGGCCGCAGGUGGCGAUGUCCCCGAGAAUGUGUACUUCAUGAAGCAGUUCGUGGGCAACGCUUGUGGCACGGUGGCUUUGAUCCACGCUGUGGCCAACAACCGGGACAGGAUCCAGCUGUCUGACGGUGCCUUGAAGGAGUUCCUAGACAAGACAGAAUCCAUGAACCCUGAGGACAGAGGCCAUGCCCUGGAGGGUGACGAUGGCAUCUCCAAAGCUCAUGAGGAGUCUGCACAGGAGGGCCAGACUGAGGCCCCUGACCGCGAAGCCCAAGUCAACGAACACUUUGUUGCCUUUGUACACAAGGAUGGGAAGCUUUACGAAUUUGAUGGACGCAGGAAGUUCCCCAUUACCCACGGAGAUGCCUCUGCAGACUCUGUUCUUGCUGAUGCUGCCAAGGUCUGCCGCCAGUACAUGGACCGGGACCCUGAUGAGUCUCGCUUUGCUGUGGUGGCUCUGGCCUGCACUGAAUAAGACACCCCUCUACCUGUAGCUGUAUUUAUGUGAAAGGGAGUCUCAUCUAAACUUUAUUUUCCUGCCUUAUGUGCUAUUCAGUUGGCUGUUUUUUCUGUUAUUUUUCUUGAUUUCUUUGGGGCAUUAAUGAGAAACCACCAGAAGCCAGCUAUUGUUUGCUAGUCAGACAGCUAACUGUGGACCAAAAUGUUGCUCAAAAUUAUAAGACAGGUUGUGUUCAUACUUAAUGGAGCAGGAAGUGGCAUGGCUCUGUAGUGGUGGGACAGUCAAGGCCGACCAACAUCUACCCAUGUCUUGGUGACCCUGCCACUGUAGAGCCAGUUGUCGUGCUGGAGGAACAGGUGAAACGGAUUGCAGCUGCUGUUGUGGUAACGAGUUCAUUAGUCCUCAAGUGGUUAUGUAAUUCAUUCUAAAAACAGCCAUUCCCCAAAUGAAAACUUGUAUAACAUGAGUACAGAUAUUGAUAAGGAAGUUUUUUCUUCUGGUAUAUUAAAAAACAUUAUUAGUUCCAACAAAGUACUGUUGAGCAUUCCUGUUUUUUUUUUUUUUUUAUAAAAAGUAUUUUGUUUGUUUCCUUUAUGGAAAUAUAUUCCUUUAUGGAAAUAUAAAGCAAGUAUUUUGUUUCCCUUAUGAAGUUUGUUUUCUUAUAAUUUUGAGAAAUUCCUUCAGAUUGAUAUGUUAAGAUAAUACAUCAUGAGCACUUGAUGUGAUGUGAUAUUGUAUACCCAUUGUAUCUUAACUAACUUAUGGCUGAACAUAUUAGCUUUGUUCCUAGUCAGUCUUCAGCUAAAUCUUUCACUGAGUGGAGCUUCAUAUACAUAGAAUUAUGGCUUAAGUAAAAUUUACUAAUUUGUUGUCACAAGGAAUAUUAAUUUCAUAAUGAAGUCAAAAUUGUCUGUGGUCACCUGUCCAUCUGCUAACAAGAUGUAAAGCAAAAUUUACUGUACUGUGUCAUUGGCUGUAUAAUUUUCAAUAAAGUAAAUUUCUUACGAA